AAGCUGAAAUUAUCCUAACACAGCAACCCAACCGUCUCGUCUCGUCUCGUCUCAUCCUCGCCUUCUUUCUCACUUUCCUCCCUCACAACUUCUCUCACUUCCAUUCCAUUCUGAAGCAAACCUAAAACCUUCAAUUCCAUAUCCAUCACGAAAGGAUCCAUGGAUCAGACAUAUUAUUAAUAGCUUUUUUUCCUCUCAAAUUUCAGUUGAUUCAUUAAAUUUCUUCACCUUGUUCUUUAUCUCCUUCUGCUGGCGAAUCUAUGGUGCGAUGGCGUAUCUUGCUUAGCUUCCUCGCUUUUUGUGCACAUUUUCAAGAGGAAACAAUCUAGGGUUAGCUCUCUAGUUUUGAAUUCUGAGGAUCUUAUAAGCUUCACAGUACAAAAAUGGAACCAAUAUUACCUUCCUUUCUUAGUAGAGACCUUCAUCUUCAUCUUCAUAAUCACCAGAGUGAUAACCUUCAAGAUCAUGAGCAAACCAGGAAUGGCGGCAGCGUAGAUGGCCGGCGCCAGAAGCAACAAAGCGAUAAAAACACUGCUGUCGCCGCUACUGGCGGUGCUAAGGCCGGUGCGGUGGAGGGAAGUGAGAUAGGUAGAAGACCUCGAGGUAGACCAGCCGGGUCAAAGAACAAGCCGAAGCCUCCGGUCGUAGUAACUCGGGAUAGUGCUAACGCUCUCCGAUCUCAUGUUGUUGAGAUCGCCGACGGCUCUGAUAUCAUCGACAGCCUUACCACCUUCGCGAAGAGGAGACUGCGUGGGGUUUGUAUCCUAAAUGGAAGCGGCACCGUCAAUAACGUCAAUCUCCGGCAGCCAGAUUCGGCCGAAGCGGUGGUCACUUUGCACGGGAGAUUCGAGAUUUUAUCUAUUUCAGGCUCGUUCCUCCCGCCGCCGGCUCCACCUGCAGCCUCUGGAUUGAAGAUAUAUUUGGCCGGAGGUCAAGGGCAGGUGGUCGGAGGCAGUGUGGUGGCGCCGUUGCUCGCUGCCGGACCGGUCAUUAUCAUGGCAGCUUCGUUUGGCAAUGCAGCUUAUAGUAGGUUGCCGUUGGAGAAGGAGGAGGAAGCGGCGGAGAAGCCACCGGAGAGCGGCGGUGAACGGCAGCAGCUAGCGGCGGAUCGCAACAAAUCACUACUUCAUGGGGUGCCGCACAAUCCUUUGGAUUCAUUUCAAUUAUCAGAUUGGGGUGAAUGCUCUCGUCCGUCAUUUUAACAAAUUGUGUCUAGAUUUUAAUUUAUUUGUAUGUAUUUAUUUAUUUUUCAAUUCCUGUUCGUUUUAAUCCUUCUACAACUUCGUUUACAUUUAGUUCAUGUGUAAAGUCUUCGAUCACAGCAUUUUGAUCAGUCUUGAUGAAUAUAAGAAGGGUGCAAAAAUUCAUGAAUUUUUUGUGGAUAAUUUUGAUUACGUCUAAACUGCCUUUAUUAAUUUAAUUUAAUUAAUUUCUGAUUCAAUAA